AUACAAGAUAGUUGUUUGUAAAUACAUGUUCACUAAAUUCAUGAUAUUCAUAUUAUGUCUCAUAUAAUUUUCAUAAACAAAAAUUUGGUGCACUGCAGUGUAACAUCAUUCUUUACAACGCUCGUAAGAGAACCCACACUUGCACACAUGAGUACGAGUUGCAUGUAUCCGUAUUCCCUAACAUAGUCCAUAACACGGUCAUAUUCUCUCACUAGGGUGAGUAGAUGUUAAUGUAUAGGGUGUAUAUUUUCACAUUGAAUACACGAGUAGAAGUUACUGAAAUGAAUCGGCAUGAUACAUGUUUGACACUGCUUGUUGUCGUCGUAAUCUCCGCUUAAGUUGUCAUCAAAGACUCAAAUAAUGUUGUUAAUGACUGCAUGACCACGUCAAAGACCAAAAGAGGUAAUAUGAAACCUAAAUCUUUCUUUUAUCAAAGACUCUCCACAAAACUAGAAAUUGAUUGAUGUAGAGUCUUCUUACCACACACAUAAAAAUAGCAAUAGCUAAAAAUAAACUCAAGUAAAAUAAACCUAUAAAAUACGUUUACACCAGAGCUGAUUACUCCGACAUUCAUAAUCCAAAUAAGCAUCAAACUUCUCAUCUCCACAACCAAAAAAAAAAAAGAAUUAAAAAUCUUAAAAAUCUAAAAAUUACAAAACUUACAAAAAAAUGAGAGCAUCAACAAGACUCAUAUGGACAGUAACUGUCCUUGUACUGGCAGCUGUGUCGGAAGCCGUCUUUCCUCUACCAUUUAAUCCGUUCUUACCUGGAUCGCACAACCGUAAGCUUGGGAAACAAGGGGGAGGUAGAAAAGGCGGAGGAAGAAGACGAGGCGGCGCAGAAGCUCAGACAAACUGGCCUGGUAAAUGGGAAUUAUUCUUACCAAACUCGGGUGUGUCAGCGAUGCAUGCCAUUCUGAUGCCAGUCAUCAACCAAGUCCAGUUCUAUGACGCAACCAUCUGGAGAAUCUCACAGAUUAAGCUGCCUCCAGGUGUAGCAUGUCACGUGGUCGACCCCAAGAUUAACAAGGUCGAUUGUUGGGCUCAUUCGGUUCUCGUUGAUAUCAACACCGGUGUCAUUAAGCCUCUAUCCCUUACGACUGAUACGUGGUGUUCAUCGGGAGGUCUGACAGUCAACGGGACACUGGUGAGCACUGGAGGAUAUGGAGGAGGAGCCAACACGGCGAGGUACCUAGCUGCUUGUCCAAGCUGUGUAUGGAUUGAAUACCCUCAAGCCCUAGCUGCAAAGAGAUGGUACUCAACGCAAGCCUCUCUUCCUGACGGAAAGUUCUUCGUGAUUGGAGGACGUGACGCCUUGAACUACGAAUACAUCCCCGAGGAAGGACACAACAACAAGAAGGUAUUCGACUCGUUGCUCCUAAAACAAACAGACGACCCGGACGAGAACAACCUCUACCCUUUCGUAUGGCUCAACACUGAUGGCAACCUCUUUAUUUUCGCGAACAACCGUUCCAUCCUUCUAAACCCCAAAUCAAACCAAGUCAUCAAAGAGUUCCCUCAGCUCCCUGGUGGUACCCGUAACUACCCCGGGUCAGGCUCCUCCGCGCUCCUCCCCAUCCAACUUUACAUGAACAACGCCAAAGUCAUCCCUGCUGAUGUCCUCGUCUGCGGCGGAUCCAAACAAGACGCGUAUAACCGUGCGGGUAAGAAGGACUUCGAACCAGCAUUGAAGGAUUGCGCGAGGAUAAGCAUUAACAGCCGUAAGCCGCGGUGGAAGAUCGAGAUGAUGCCUACGCCACGAGUCAUGAGCGACACUGUCAUCCUCCCUAACGGAGACGUGAUACUAGUCAACGGAGCUAAACGUGGAUGUUCGGGCUGGGGGUAUGGCAAGGACCCUGCCUUUGCUCCCAUCUUGUACAAGCCUCGUGUUAAACGCGGCACGCGUUUCAAGGAGCUCGCUGCCUCAGCCAUCCCACGUAUGUACCACUCCAUCGCCAUCGCUCUACCUGAUGGUAAGGUUCUUGUCGGCGGCAGCAACACCAACGAUGGUUACAGGUACAACGUUGAGUUCCCAACGGAGCUUCGCGUUGAGAAAUUCUCCCCGCCUUACCUCGACCCGGCUCUAGCCAACAUGAGGCCGAAGAUAGUCAACAACGGGAUGCCGAAACAGAUCAAAUACGGGAAAGUCUUUAAGGUGAAGGUCGAGCUUAACCAAAAGGACGUGACCAAGGAGAAUCUCAAGGCUCACAUGUUAGCACCUUCCUUUACAACGCAUAGUAUCUCGAUGAACAUGAGGAUGCUCCUCUUGGGUGUGGCUAGUGUCACCCCUUCUGGUGGCAACUCUUUUGAAAUCCAAGCCGCCGCACCACCCAAUGGAAACCUUGCACCACCGGGUUACUAUCUUAUAUUUGCCGUCUACAAAGGUGUCCCCAGCGUUGGUGAAUGGAUUCAGAUCGUCUAAUGUGGAAUUUUUACCAAUUUUGUCUUAUGCCAGUAGCAGCUUUACGUGAAAAUAAAU